AUGAAAGAGAUCAUUUUCUUGCUGCUCCUGUUGCACUUGCAGAAGGGCAGCACUGGAUUCAGCACUCUAGGAAAGCUCUGGACCACAGGACAAGGCGAUGAAACCCAGACAAGUCACUCAGACUCGACUCCAUCUCUGACCACGAUUAGGGAGUCACCCCACUCUGAAAUUCAAGCUGCCAAAGCAAGCGCCUCACAGGGACCUCCUUUUGCAUCUGCAGGCGAGACACUGGGAAUGACAGCAGUGAAGAAAACUUCCAGUCCUACAAUGUCUACCCCUGCAAGUCAGUCAAAUGGACGCGGUGAUGGUGACUCUGGCAGAGACGAGAUGGGGAGCUCAUCUCACAGCAAAGGGACCCUACAAAGCCCUGCUGGAGAGAUCCCUCUGCUUCAAGGGCUCACUGCAAGCCUGGAUACAGCUACAGGGAACAGAUCCUCUCGCAGCACUGGGAUCACCAGGAGCCAGCAGGAUGCCAACUCCAAAGCGUCCGGCUUUGAAACUACCAGGGGAAAAAACUGGUGCGCUUAUGUCCAUACCAGACUCAUACCUACAGUUGUGGUGGAUAACCUAGAAACCUUCUCAUCAGGCAGAGCAAAGCCUUGCACUUGGCAAAUUGGAUCCUGUGCUCAGAGGUCCCAGACAACAACACACCAGGCUUACAGAAUCAAACAUAAAAUAGUGACAUCGCUGGAGUGGAAGUGCUGUCCUGGGUACAGUGGGCAAAACUGCCAGCCCAAAGCUCAAGAACAGCAAUCAGUUAUACACAGCAAGCAGGCUGAAAGCAGCAGAACUGUUGGUGAGAGGACACCAGGAGCUCUGCAGGACCCCAGUGGGCCAGCACUUUAUCAAAAAAUGAAUGAGAAGAUUAGCAGUCAGGAGAUGAAACUGACUUUUUUACAGAAGAAGGUUGACAGCAUUGCUGCUGCGAUGAAUGAUAUGGCCAAGAUGCUUUCUUCUCUGGAAGGCAAAAUCAAUGAAGAUAAGGGCAGAGACUUCCAGUCUUUUCUAAAAGUUCUCAAAUCCAGAAGUAUCAACGACUUAAUCAAAGACACAGUUGGAGAACACUUUCAAGUAUUUCAAGGUGAAAUGCAAGAGAGCAUGGCUCAGAUUUUCAAGACUAUGUCUAGCAUGUCAGGUGACCUUGAAAAUACAAAAGAACUAGUCAAGCACCUGAAUGAAACCCAAAAUAAAUUUGCUCAGGAGAAAGAUAGUGGGCCAACAGAGCUUGACAUUCUGGAGCUGAAGAGUCAUAUGGUGCAGAUGAGAGAGGAAAUGGCCCUCACUUGUGAGAAGCCUGUGAAAGCUUUACAAGAAAAGCAGAAGUCCUUGGAAGUUAACUUGGAGCACCAACAGUCAAGAAGUGUAAUUUAUUAUCAAUCUUUAAAUAAGACCCUCUCUGAAAUGAGAGAUGCUCAUGAACAACUGUUAUCAGCUGAACAGUCUUCAAGACAAAAUCUCCUCCCAGCAGAUCAAGUCAUGGAGUACAAUGUCACAGAGUACAUGGUCACACUGCAUGAGAAAAUAAAGAGACAAGGCAUGAUGGUGCUGGAGAUCUAUGAUGACUUAAGAGUGCAAGAUAGCAAGAUCAGCAAUCUCAGUGUUGCACUGGAAAUUCAGAGAGACUCUGUUCUGGGGGUCUGUGAUGACAUGCUGUCAGAGAGCAGGACAGAUUUCCAAGCACAGCUGGCAGCAGUCCAAGAGAAUGUGAUUGCUCUAAACAACAGUGUCUCUGAUGUAUUCCUUCCAUUGGGCAAUAAGAUGGACAGAAUGAAUGAGCAAAUUAAUGACUUGUGCUAUGAUAUGGAGAUCCUGCAACCCUUGAUUGAACAAGGAGUACCUUUCAGUCUGACUUCAGAGUAUGAGCAACAAAUCCAAACUAAAGAAUUGAAAGAGAAACUUGAAAACCUCACUGUUGUCAUUAACGGAAUGAAUUCUGCAAUGAAGGAACUUUCCAAAACUCAAGAAGGACUUAAAAAUGAAUCUCAGGCUUAUCAGGAACUGUUUGAGAGUCGUGUUAAUGAAUGCUCCAUGGAAAUAGAGGACGGAUUAAACAAGACUAUGAUAGUAGUAAAUAGUGCUAUCGACUCUAUUCAAGAUAAUUAUGUACUGAAAGACAUGCUACAUGCUCUAAGAAAUGAGACUGAAGUUUGCUGUGGCAGAGCUGAGGAACUGGACAGGCUCCUGGCUUUUAUUCCCCAGUUCCAACUAUUGAAUGAAUCCCUCCAGUCACUGCUUUAUAACAAGAGAGACAAAAUUACUUCACAGGUAGCACUAUCUCUUUCUGAUCUUCCCGACAAGGAGUCUGACAAAAGUAACCCCCACAAUUUCAGUAGAGUUUUCCAUAUUUUAAAUGAUACCUCAUCAAAAGUGGAAAAGCAGCAACAAGAGAUCAGCCACCUGGAAGAAAAACUGGUUGACUCUGUGGAGGGUUCAAAGGACCAUGAGGUUCGCCUUCUGAAUAUAGAGUCAAAAAUUUCCAAGUUUUUGGCAAACAACUGUGUCUCAGUAAAAAAAACCAAAGCUGCCUCAACAGAGAAAGAACAGGUGGUCUCCCUUCAGCUCCAGGCACUGAGUUCCAGGAUCAAGGCCCUGGAAGCCAAGUCCAUCCGUUUCUCAAACGUCAUUCCACUCGUGAACAAGACUGCUCACGAGGCCUGGGGGCUGUGCCAGCACACCAACAACAGCAUCCAAAAAGUGAAUGCAAGCAUACCUGUGCUAAUUAAAUUGGCUCAGCCAGAUAUCCCCCUGCUGCAGAGAGGCCUCAAGGAGCUCGUUGAAUCUGUGCUUGAAGUAAAAGCAGGAGCUAUUCUGACAAAUUUAACCCAGCAUGUUGACAUAUCCAUGGUGAAUGCAAUGAACAACAUCACCAAACUUCAGAAGCAGCCAAAACCAGUUAUAAAGAAGCCCUCCCCAGCAAAAAAAGUGAUAGGAGAUGCCCCCAUGAGCCUGGCAAGCCGAAGCCAGAGAAACACAGAUAAUGCAAUCGAUCCAGGGCAGCUUUCAGCGUGUGCCAGCUCCCCGUGCCAGAACGGAGGAACCUGUGUCCAUGACAGACAGAGCUUUGUCUGCGCCUGUCGCCACCCCUUUGGAGGAGUCAACUGCAGUGUGAAGCUGGUGAAGGACAAUUCCCUGAGUGUUGAUUUUUCAAAAGGAUCAUACAGAUAUGCACCUAUGGUGGCUUUUUUUGCUUCUCAUACAUUUGGAAUGACAGCUCCAGGACCCAUCAGAUUCAACAAUCUGGACGUCAACUACGGCGCCUCGUUUGCCCCAGCAACUGGGAAGUUCCAUGUUCCAUACCUGGGGGUCUAUGUUUUUGAAUAUACCAUUGAAUCCUUCAGCCCACGUGCCUCUGGCUAUCUGGUCAUUGAUGGGGUAGACAAACUCUCCUUUCAGGCUGAAAAUAUCAAUAACAGCAAGUACACUGACAGAGUAAUUACUGGAAAUGCUUUAUUGGAGUUAAAUUAUGGUCAGGAAGUCUGGCUCAGGCUGGCAGCUGGCUCCAUACCAGCCAAGUACCCCCCUGUCACUACAUUCAGUGGUUACUUGUUGUAUCGUACCUAAGCAGCCCUAAGAGUGAGCUGUUAGUCAGAUGAAGCAGCCUGCAGGUGAAUUUAGCUUUGCAUUUGAAUUCUUUGCUUCUUUAAGGGCACUAAGCUUCCCAAUGGAAUGGCUGAUCCUCCAAGAUGUGCUUUGGCUGUAGCCAUGUGCCCAACCCCAAGGAGUCCACAGGCUGGAGAUGGGGGAAAACACAGCAUCUUCUUCAUAUCAGUAUGACUGGGAAGCACAAAUCUGAUGCUGUUCUGCUGUAACAUUGCAUAGACAUGCUUACACGAGAUUGCUGAGGAUCUCUUCUCAAGAGAAAGCUCAGUUUGAUCAUUCCUUUAUUCAAUUGAUUCAUGAUUUUUUAUGUAACCAGUAUGAUGAUAAACUAGGUUUUUUCAAUCUGGCAACAAAAAACCCCAAGUGGAAUACACUCAGAUUAGAAAUACAGUAUAUUUAGCAUUUGAAUUAGUCAUAGGAUAAGCACCAUAAUGGAUUUGGUGGAUUCUCUCUGCUGCUUGAAAUAUUUAAACCACAGCCGGAUUUUUCUUGGGUGAUAUGUUUUAAGCAAAUGUUGUUAUAUUGGCUUCACACAGAAUUUAGCAUUUGACCUAUAAAGUACGCAAUAUUAAAUUAUAUAACCAAAGUAUUUUCUGAGUUUGAAUUCUAUAAAUCUAUGAUAUCGUUUGUUUCUGCAGUAUAUUCACUAGCUACUGACAAGAUGAACUUGACUUCAGUCUGCAUGUGGUUUUUCAAGCACCAAUCCAAUAAAGGAAUAUUUUUCCUUGGUGCCUGACUGCCUGAAAAAACAAACCCUCAGGUUUUUAUUCUUAUUCUUUGCAAAGCCCCAGGCUGCUGCAGUUUCUUGAGAUCCAAUCCCCUGGUGUGACUGGCCAGGUUAGUUUCUGUUUAUUGCUUUAGUUAAUGGUAUUUGACCAGUUUUUUCUGUGUCUCUGUGUUUGUCUCACUCCCUUUUCUUAAAAGCUGGAAAAAAUCUAACUGUGAUCUAUGCCAGUCUAUUGAAGCACAGAAUGUUUUGGUGCUCCCUGAAUUAUUUUGUUUUCCACCAUCAGGAACUUUUAUUGAAAACACAUGGGCACCAUCAACUCUCUUCUUACUGUUACUUAAUGUACCUUACAUGAUCUUAAGGUGAAUAUCCAUGAAAUUACUGAAUCCUUGCCAUGUUGUAUAUGGGUAAGAGAAUCCACAAUAUCUUCCCUCAGAUGCAUAAGUGUACAUUUUGUUGUUCAAACAGAAAUGAGCAUUCCCCACCAGAAGCAGAGGUGCUGGAGCAUGUGCAUGGGCGUGUGCCUCAGGGCUCUGGCUGCCUGAAAUGUGCAGCACUCAAGAGCAUCCCUCCAACUUCAAGGGGCACCUUAUCAUGGCUUGUGGUUAAGGACAGCAGUUAGGAGUUCAUGAAAGUUCUCAAUCCAAGACCACUUUUUUUUUUUUUUGAGCUUUUUCUGUGACCAGAAAUCCUUUCUUCUCUGUAAUUAAUGUGUUCCUAAUGUACCAUGGACACUGAAUGAGUGUGCUGCAGACCUUUCUCUUGUUGCAUACCCCAUGUUUUUCAAUAAACACUCAAAUCUUUGACAUGGCACUAACUCAGCCUACUGUAUCACUGAAUGUUAUCAAAUAUAAUGAACACAGCCACAUUCUCUCCUUGUGUGAUGUUGUCAGUUUAAUGUGCUUAGUCCUCUUUAUUCCUGCUGUGGUUAUGGCUAAAUGGCAAGAAAAUUACUCUCAAGAUGAAAUUAAAAUGACCCACCAGAGUCUGCAUCUCUGUUUUAAUGUGACUUUCUUUGCCCUUGCAGCCCUUCCCUCUAAAUCCUUCAAGCUGGGUCCUCAUCUUCACAGGCACUAUUUUCCCUCCACAAUCAGAUAAUUUUUGUGUCAUUGUACUGCUUUUCUUUCCUCUUUUCUCACCCCUUUUCUCCUCUCACAAAACAACAGAUUCAUUGGGGUAAAGUAAGAAUUCUGAUUAACACCACAUAUG